CAUUUAAACGCAUCCUGGAUGUCUUGUUUUCCAGAUAAGUCUAUCAUCAUGUGGAAGCUGACCCGUGAUGAAACCAACUAUGGCAUCCCCCAGCGCUCCUUGACGGGCCACUCUCACUUUGUAAGUGACGUGGUCAUCUCCUCGGAUGGACAGUUUGCCCUGUCCGGUGCCUGGGAUGGGUGCCUCCGCCUGUGGGAUCUCACAUCUGGCCUCACCACCCGCCACUUUGUUGGACACACCAAGGAUGUUCUGAGCGUGGCCUUUUCCGCUGAUAACCGCCAGAUUGUGUCUGGCUCCCGGGACAAGACCAUCAAGCUGUGGAACACUCUUGGAGUCUGCAAGUACACCAUCCAGGUGAGCUGUCGUAUCAUGUUGAUGGGAUUUAAGAUUAAGACACCUCGACUCAUGAUUAGACCCUGGAGACAUGGGGCUGGACCGUGAAUGUGGAUAAUAAAA